AUGAAUGCAAAACAAGCUCUAUUGGAUUCUCUCAUAAAAGAUCCUUCAAACUCACAACGAGAUAGCAAAUAUCUUGAUACUCCUUAUUCUGCUCCUUAUCAAAAUAACAACAACAACAACGAUGAUGAUAAACAACAACAGCAACAAAACAAUAACAAUACUAGUGGUAAUAAUAAUAUAAUAUUAAAAAGAAAGAAUACAACUUCUUCUCAAACAACAACAACAACAACAACAACGACAACAAACCCAUCACAUGAUGAAGAUGACAAUGAUGAUCUUAAUAAUAGACCAUUAAAGAGACAAACACCAUCAUCAUUUAACAAUAAUAAUAAUAAUAACAACAAGACUACUAAUAAUAAUAACAACACAACUAAUAAUAGUAAUAAUAAUAAUAAUAAUAAUAAUGAUGAUGAAUUUGAUUUUAGUUUUGAAGAUGAUCUAGAACAACAAAGAAACAUGUUAUUAAAUGAAGAGUUGGAAGAUGAACAACUCAGUCAUAUUUGGCAAUGGAAAUCAGAUGCAAAUAAUUGGGUCAAUUAUGAUAUCGAUUUCUGUAAGAGAUUGGAAAGACACUAUGCAAGAAGCAAGGAAAAUUUCAAGGUAGACAAGGAAAGAUUCAUAGACUUGAAGCAUAGUCUUCAAAGAAGAUAUGAUGACCCUCAAAAAAUUAGAAAUGUUCAAAGGGUUAAAGCAUCAUCAUCUUCUUUUUCCUCCUCUUCUACAUCUUCCUCGACAAACAAAAAUACUAUUAAUAAUAGUAAUAGAAAUAAUAAUGGUACUAUCAAAAACAACAACAACAACGUAUAUCCUACCACCAACACAAACACCAAUUCAAAUACGAAUCGUAAUUUUAAUCCAUCAAAAUCAAGUCCACCAUCAUCUUCAUCUUCAUCUUCAUCUUCAACAUCAUCUGCUGCUGUGGCUCCUGCUACUAGUAUAAAGAAACAACCAACAGAAACCUAUGAUAGAAAUAUUCCAGGUGAAUGGUAUUGGCAAGGUCCAGAUGGAUGGGAACGUUAUGAUUCAGAGAUUUCUACUAGAUUGGAAAAGGCUUACACAAAAGAAAAGAAACGUUCCGAAGUCGAUGAAGACAGAUACGUCGAGUUUGAAGGUCGUGUGCAAAGAAGAUAUGACGAUCAACAAAAGAUUAGAAGUAUCAAAAGAUUUGCCAAAGAUGAUCAUGAUAAUAUUGACACAACUACUUUAUCGACGAAACCACAGACCUCUACAAUGACAGCAACACCAACACCACCACCACCAUCAUCAUCAUCCAACAAUUACAAUAUUCAAUCAUCACCUGUAAAAACAAACAAUACAGUCUCACAAAGUACACCAAAAAGUAGUAACAGUAGCUUCAAUAGCAACAACUACAACACAAUUAGCGAUAAAUCCAACAAAAAUAAUAAUAAUAAUAAUAAUAAUAACAACAAUGCCAAUAAUAAUAAUGACCAAGAUGUAAAAUGGAAAUGGUUGGGGGAUAAUGGUUAUAUGGACUACUCUGCCUCUGAAAGCGAAUUGAUAGAAAGUGCAUUCAAUAACAAACAACCAACAGUUGAAAUUGCAGUUGGACCAGCCUGUACAAAAGUUAUAAUAGAUUUUAAAUCCUAUCUACAAAGAAGAGUUGACAAUCCAGAAAGAAAAAGACAAAUCAAGAGAUUCUUUACACAGGCAACGUUUAAUACCACCAACCAACCUUUAAAGCCAACCAAAUCAAUUGCCGCAAAGAUUGUUAAAGAACCUGUUUUCCUUGAUCUAAACAACGAAGAUGAUUAUGAAGAAGAAAUGAAGCAUCAACAACAACAACAAGAUGAUCUUGACGAUGAUAUUGCCUUUAAUGAUCCAGACUAUAGAAAGAAAAAGAGACAAUUAUACGCUUGUGGAAACUCUUAUUUAUCAGAAGAAAAUAUUCUAACUUGGUAUGAUUUCGUAGAGGAAAAGAGAGAAAAGUUUAGAAACCAAGCCAAUCUAUUUUACCCUCCAAAUGCCAACUUGAGCAAAAAGAUAUCACUCUUUGGUGGUGACAUUACGACACUCGAGAUUGAUGGUAUUCUCAAUGCUGCCAAACAAUCACUUUUAGGUGGAGGUGGUAUCGAUGGAGCUAUUCACAAAGCAGCAGGACCAUCACUAUACAGACAAUGCAAGACAUUGGGAGGGUGUGCCAUUGGUCAAUCAAAAAUUACCAAAGCCUUUAGAUUACCCGCCGAUUAUAUUAUUCACACUGUUGGUCCGAUUGAUGGGAAUGGGGACAAGCUAAGAUCAUGUUAUCAAACAACAUUGGAUACAAUAGUGAAACAUAAUAUUCGUACCUUUGCUUUUUGUUGUGUUGCCACUGGUAUCUAUGGAUUCCCAAACAAAGAAGCAGCUUCCAUUGUGUUGGACACCAUUCGAAGUUGGUUAGAAACCAAUCAUUCCAAAGUUGAUAGACUCAUCUUUUGUGUCUUUACAAACGAAGAUUAUGUCAUCUAUGGAAAACUAUUACAGCUUUACUUUCCUGUUCAUCCAAUUGGACAAUAA